AUGGAUCCCAGCCAGUCUUCCAUUCAGCCUCCAAAAGCCUACAAUUCAUCUGAGAAAUCAGGGAUGCCUGCAGCAGCAGAACCACCAGCAUACCAGCACAAUCCUGCUGGACAUCCUCCUUCCUUUCCAAGUCAGCCAGUCCCCCAGGGCCCCUACAUCCAGGGGCCGUAUCCAGGACAGCCUAUGGUCACUGUGCAGCCUGCAGCUUUUGUGACUGUCACUCCACUGGCUGAUCCAGUGUCAGAUUACCUGUACUACUCUAUCUUCAUCAUGUUGUGCUGCUGUUUACCUCUGGGCAUUGCUGCACUGAUUUACUCCAUCUUUACUCGAAAUGCCAACUACUCAGGACAGCGAGAAAUAGCAGAGAAGAACUCCAAAACGGCACGCACCCUGAAUCACAUCGGCCUUGGUAUUGGCCUCGUUGUCAUCGUAGUGAUCAUUAUCUCCCAGAUUGUGUUUUGGACUAGGAUUAGGGGUAAUUGA